AGUGCGCCUUGUAAAAUGGCGGCUGAAUUGACCAGAGAGUGGAGCGAUGAGCAGCUCAAAAGUGAUGAUCUAUCCAAAAAAGACGUUAUUAAGUUCAUUCAGGACAAUGCGGCCCACUCGUUUCUUGCCGAGCACAAGCUGAUGGGAAAUAUCAAGAAUGUUGCAAAAACGGCAAAGAAAGAGCAACUGAUUAUUGCCUACAACGACUUGUUUGAGAGCAAGAGGUUUUUAGGGUCGGAACCCAUUGAAGAUGUGACGGAGCAUGUGAAAAAUGUGAAGAUUGACGACAAGCCCAAAGAAGUCGUGGAAGUCGCGGACGAGGGUCCUCCUAAGUUCUUCAAGUCUGUGCUGAAGAAAGGAGACAAGACUAACUUCCCUAAGAAGGGAGACAAUGUGAGCUGUUGGUACACUGGCUCCCUGGAGGACGGCACGGUGUUCGACACCAACAUCCCUGCAACUGCCAGAAAGAAGAAACAGAGCAAGCCACUGAGCUUCAAAGUUGGCCUGGGCCGGCUUUUUUUUUUAC